CAUCUCUUCUUUCCUCUCCGGAUCUUGUGUUUGGACCCUUCCUUGGCUCCUCAGCUGGACAGAGAACCGUGAGAAUUUUCUCCAACUAGAAAAAAAAAACUUGUCUGCAGCUGUUGGAGCUCAUCAGCCGUGAAGAACAUGUCCAGCUCACUGGAGAAGGCCGUGGCCCAGAGGAAGGAGGCCAUCGAGGCGGUGAUGGACAUGUUCGAGAGGGGCGCCGAGGUGUUGGCCAGCGCCGUGGGCGAGCUCUUCCCCCUCUGCGAGGCCGCCGCUCCGGUUCUCCGCCUGGCCUUAGACAACGUCCAGAGCAAAGAGGUCAUAUAUGUGAAAGAGCAGUUCCUGGCGGUGAGGAACCAGCUGGACGUGCUCUCCGGCCAACUGGAGGACAUCGACUGCGAGAUCAAGAAGGGCAGGCUGGACACCCACUACUUCUCUGUGGAGGAGAACAUCAGGAACCAGUUUAGGAAAUAUAUGGACAUCUUGGAGGCAAAACAGCAGUACAAGGAGGUGAAGACCAGACUUUUUCUGGAGCAUUUUGCCAAAACUGGAGGCGAGAAGAACCUGUUUGUGCUGUACGACGCUCUGAUGGGGACGAACAGCUUCGGAGAAUCAGUCUUAGAGCUGGUUGAGAGGUAUGUUGCAAGAAACCGCCGCCUCCUGGAAGACUUCUGUGUCCGGAUGAAGGAGCUCUUCUGUCUGGGCCUGAUUGCUCUGCUGGGCCACUGUGCCCUAACCCAGCGCCAAGAGGAAGAAGAGGACAAAAUCCAAGAGUGGAGCGGCAAAAUUGAAGAAGUGGAGUCCAAGAUGAAGGCGACCAUCGAGUCCUGCAUCGCCGCCUUCCCAGAGCAAGCAAAACUGGACGCCCAGCGCCUCCUGCAAGCGAAGGAAGAAGAGAACCUGCAAGAAGCAACGCAGCAGCUUCUCGAGUUCUUGGUGAAAAAGUACGACUGGGUCCGCUGGUCCGUGCGGCUCAUCAACCAUUCAGGGAGCACGUACCGGAACUGGCGAGCAGGGGAGCACUUCCAUCACGUGGCGGGGCAGAACUGGUUCGAGGUGCUGCAGGUGAACAACAUCAACCUGGUGGUGUCGUACAGCACCAAACCCCAGCCGGUUCCCCGCGACUUCAUCCGGCAGGUGAUGGAGGGCCAGGGGAAGAAGGGGAACGCCCCCGCGGUGGUGGAGGUGCUGGAGAAGCAGCUGUGCGGGUUCGUCGUUCACGCCGUCAGUCGCCACAAGGAGUCUGCAGCGGCGUGGAGCUUCCCGGAGGACUGCCACUACUGGGAGAGACACAAGAAUGUGGCCGUGUGUGUUCACUCAGAGUGAAGAUGACACAUGUUUAGGAUUUCAACUAAAAUACUGUAUCAUGUGUUGCUUGUCCAUCUGCAGGUUUGUGUUGAGGAUAUCGUAAAGAAGAGAUAAUGAAUCUGAGAAACUGGGGAUGCAGCAAUCAGACACACAUGAUGGGCUUAAAGCCUGUUUCUUAGUCAGUGUUGAUGAAAGAUUCUGUCAUUCCAACUUUAUUUAGUCACACCGGAGAGCCAGCUUAAUUUUGAGCACCGAACUAAAAAUAUCAUCAUUGUGUGACAAUAUUUUUACUUCAGUGCUCAAAAUUUAGCUGGCACGAAGGUAUGACUAAAGACAGGAUGUAGUUUUACCGCAGGGAGCCCCAAAUUGUUUUUGUUUUUUUUUUCUACACUGCUUCUUCAUUCUUUUGCAGUGAACUCAUGCAACCACAUAAAUAGUAACUAAUUGUUUCCACUUCCAGUUCAGAAGGUAUAUAUAUCAGCAGUAGAGGAUGUAUUCUGAUAUUUUACUUCAGCGCCAAUACAGCAUUGUAAGAACACGACAUUACAAGUGAAAGUCCCUGCUGUCAAAAUCCUACUCGCAGCUAAAUUAAAUAUAAUAUUAAUGUUAAAAUGUUCUUUCUGUAGAGAAAUGGACCCUGUGAAUGCACAUACUCAUAUGUAGGAUACAUAGUUAGCAAUUCACUCCUAAUUUUAAUGACCUUUUGUUCAGUUCAGUAGUGCAAUGCACCUUCAGGAGGAGGAUAAAUCUGAGGGGUCAUGAGAUCGUUAGAGUAAGAGUGAAGAUAAAACAGAUCAGAUCGAGGUAGAGGAGGGAAACUACACAAUUGCAAAAAUAAAUAUUUGCAUCGUACAUUUCUGCAAACCACUGAGAUGUUUAAACUUUUAUCUGUCUUUACAUUGCGACUCCAUAAAGAGGCAGACCUGUGCACAGAGAGCAGGAUCCUCCUGUUUUGUGGAACAGUGAAAGCCACCAAUUCCUCCCGGUGAUUUAUUCUCCCAAACAGGCCAAGUAAAGAAAAGAAAGAGACAAAGAGAGCUGCCUCAAAAAAGAAAGAAAGAAAGAAAGAAAGAAAGAAAGAAAGAAAGGAAGAAAGAAAGAAAGAAAGAAAGAAAGAAAGAAGUCGUGCAAGUGUGUUGUCACAAAGAGGAGAUUGCUUCACACCUACAGCAGCUUUAAUAUUCUUAUCCAACUUUCCCUUAAAUGUUGAAUUAUUCCUGUAAUUUGAAGGUGUUUACAUGCAUUUUAGGUGAAGAGAGCAGAAAGCAAACUGAUAAUGGCGUCCUGUGAUGUCAAAAGUUUGGAGAAAUGUAUCCAAACAAAAGUCCAUUAUGUUUCGCUAAAUCUAAACUAAAACACAGAUUUAAUGCAACAUUAAUGUUAAGGUUUCUUUAUGUUGGGAUUGGUACAAAAUUAGUUUGGGCAGAGUUAGAAAAAGAUCAUGUUCUGGCCUAAAAUACCUGAUUUGUCACCGCUAACAUGGCUGGAAAAUGUUCAGAGGUUAGCUAAAAUUACUCAGUUUUUCCUCAGAUGAAACAGGAAGUGGACGGCGGUCUCCUGGCAGCCGUCUAACCGGUUGUCACAACACCACCACCCCCGCCUCCUCCUCUGUUAUCUAUAAUGCUACAACUCCUUUAUAUCAUACAUAUGAAGCAAAUUCAUCCUAUUUAUGCUUUGCAGAAACGUACACGGACAGUAUUAUAUUCUGGAGAUUCUGUGCUGCAUAAAAUAGUGCAGGAUUUUCAUCUGAAAUGUGGAGCAGCAGAAUAAAGCAACAGAACAUUUAAAUAGUCUGAUUCAAGUACAAGAAGCUCAAAAUUAUAUAAGUGGUUAAUAACUUUCCACCACUCCGUAUAUUCAUGUCCUCAUGAGAUUUUAACUGAGGUAAAACCAGCGCCGGUCCUGGAUCGUAUCAUCUGUAUCGGUGUAGAGUUGACAUAUUGAGUCAGAUGAGUGAAUCCCAUCAGAAACAUUACGUUUAAGUUAUUUUGUUUAGUCACUCUUGUACUUUUAUUAGCACUCUGGACUGUGUCAGCUCUUUCUACAGUGGAUAUUUGAAAUUUUAGACAAUUUUUUUUAUACAUUUCAUGUAAACGUAUUGAGUUACAGCUGUUUGUUUGAACUGCUUGCAUAUUAUGAGCUGCGUCACCAUGUAUUUAUUUGUGAUUUAUAAGUUACUAACCAGUUUGUGUAUAACUAUGGGACAUUUUGCACUAACACUGGCCUGUACAUGAUGAUCGUCUGUGCUUUUACCUCAGCUGCAUACAGUCGUAAUCCAGCCUCCCCUGAGAAACGGCUUCUGCACCUUCAGCUUUUAAAGAUGGUUCUGCUGAGUCUGCAUCUGCAGAGCUCUGCCCCCGUUUUGUCUCUGCUCAGCAGGCUGGCCUACAUAACUCUGACAGGAGGGACGGAGGUUUCCUUUUUCAGGCGUGAAGAACAAGAGGCUUGGAGUUUGGCACCGCAGACGCGACAAUGUGCCUUGUGUUCUAAACACAUUCGGACCCCUCGAGCCGGAACAAGCAAACCCCGCUGCUCUCCAGUGCCGUGCCUGUGAUUACGUCAUGGUUUAAAGUGAUUUCCUCAUUUGUCGGUUUUAUUCCUGUACGAUUUGGUGAUAAAUGACAAUUGCUGUAUUGUUUUGCACUUCCCAACCAAAUCUGUUGUAUUACUUGUGUGUUCUUUUCUAUGAUUUAUGGAUGAUUUUCUGUUUACAUGGUGUCAUUUCUUUGUUUGUAUGACAUCACAAACCACUGGGAUUUGUGCCUGACAUUUAAAUUAUUUAUCAUUUCUACGGAAGCCCUGAGGGUCAAGUGAAGACAUUUUUCUUUCUGGUUAAGUCUGAUUCAGAUUGUUUUCUCUUGUUUGUUUAUGACUUGAGAGCUGGUGGAGAAAAAAAAAGGUGUUGCCACAAUAAUCUUUACAAGUUGAGGGGGGAAAAAAAUCUGUGUGAAACUGAUUUUUUUCCUUAUGUUUCAGUUUUAGUAAAAGCGAUUCAACAUUUUAUUUAAUUGGUUCAGUCAAAAAUGCUCUUUUUUUCUUUUUGUUUUUUU